CUCGGGCGCCUCGCGCGCGCGGCCAGCAGGUGGCGCUGUGGGCGGAUGGCCGCUCCCCAUCCCCCUUUUUGGCCGGGCCGGGCCGCCGUGCCGCCCGCCCGCGUUGCGCCGCCCUGGGCCGCGGAAGGCCUCGCCGCUUCCCCUCGCCUCAGCCCGGCUCCGCCGCGGAGGCCGCCCGGAUAUGCUCGCCUGAGCGGGCCCGGCAGGAGGAGCACAAUGAGUGACAUUCGUCAUUCCCUGCUCCGCCGGGAUGCCCUGAGUGCUGCCAAAGAAGUGCUAUAUCACUUGGACAUCUACUUCAGCAGUCAGCUCCAAAAUGCACCUCUUCCCAUUGUGGACAAAGGCCCAAUUGAGUUGCUGGAAGAGUUCAUAUUUCAGGUUCCCAAAGAGCGCAACUCCCAGCCUAAAAGGUUGAAUUCUCUUCAGGAGCUUCAACUCCUUGAGAUCAUGUGCAGUUAUUUCCAAGAGCAAACCAAGGAUUCAGUCCGGCAGAUCAUUUUCUCAGCCCUUUUCAGCCCUCAAGGAAACAAAGCAGAUGAUGGCAGGAUGGUCUUGCUAGGAAAAUUGGUUUCCAUGGCGGUAGCUGUGUGCAGAGUUCCUGUUCUGGAAUGUGCUGCAUCGUGGCUGCAGCGAACACCUGCAAUCUACUCUGUGAGGUUAGCCCGUGCCUUAGUGGAUGACUACUGCUGUUUGGUGCCAGGUUCCAUUCAGACAUUGAAACAAAUAUUCAGCGCCAGUCCUCGCUUCUGCUGCCAGUUCAUAACGUCGGUUACCGCGCUCUAUGACCUUUCUUCAGAUGAUCUCAUCCCCCCUUCAGACUUGCUCGAGAUGGUUGUCUCCUGGAUCUUUGAGGACCCCCGUUUGAUACUCAUCACUUUUUUAAACACUCCUAUUGCAGCCAACCUGCCAAUAGGAUUUUUAGAGCUCACCCCCCUCACUGGACUGAUCCGCUGGUGUGUGAAGGCCCCCUUGGCUUACAAAAGGAAAAAGAAGGCCUCUCUCUCAAAUGGUCACCUCACCAAUAAAAUCGCCAAGGACUCAGCCGCUGGAGCUGACAAAGACUGCCACCUGCUGUAUUCCAAACUACAUCUAAGCGUCCUACAGGUUCUCAUGAUGCUUCAGGGGCACUUAACAGAGAAGAACCUAUAUGGCCGACUAGGUCUAGUGCCCUUUGACCACGUGGUUCCACUUGUUGAGGAAAUUAACAGACUGUCUGACGAACUCAAUCCACUCAAUGCUUCCAAAGAGAUUGAACUGGCUCUAGACAGAUUGGCUCAGGCUCUGCAGGUGGCCAUGGCAUCAGGAGCAUUGCUGUGCACUAGAGAUGACUUGAGAACAGUGUGCGCUCGGCUACCACACAACAACCUACUCCAACUGGUGAUUUCAGGUCCAGUGCAACAACCAACCCAUGCUGCUUUGCCACCAGGAUUUUAUCCUCAUAUCCACACCCCUCCGCUGGGCUAUCCUGCACAUGCAGCACACCCUGCGUUGCCUGCACAUCCAGCUCAUCCAGCACUCCCAGCCCAUUCUGUGCAGACAUUUAUACCAGGCAUGACUUUCCCAUACAGGCCUAUUCGCUAAAGAACCUAACUGAAACUGUACGAUGUGCACACGUUUUUCCCUGACUGGGGAAGCCUUACAGAGGAAACCAAACGUUUAUGGAACCAUAUUUUCCUCUUUAAUAUUGUGUUGUGUGAGUUUCUUCAGGAGUAGGGGAGAGGCAGAUGCUAGGCUGCUCUAGCCCUAAACAUGGACAAUUUCUUAUUAAUCCAUAUUUAUGGAUGAGAGACAAAAACAAGCCCUCUGGAAUGUAUGGGGUUUUUUUUAAUAUCAACUCCAACUCCUCUAAUGAGCAGUACCACUGUAUUUCUUGAUCUGGUGUUUCUCACAUGUACACGUGUCUGACUCUGUAGGGAGACCAUCUACUUUCUUGCUCCUUCUCAUUUGUGAGGGACAGAGAGAAAACCAUACCAAGACUUGCAAGUUAGUCCCUUGCCCCUGUUCUUUCUCUUUGUAAACGUUUGUAUCCAUUGUAUAUUUUUAGCACUGCGAAUGCUUGCUUCUGAAGUGCAAGGUGUAGGGGAGGAUAGCACUUCCUUUGAGAGGAAACCACUAAAGAAAAGAGUGAGAAGGGAUCGCUUGCCUCACUUUUAUCUCUCAAAUGGUGUUCAGCAAAUCCAAUUUUUUUUAGCCCUCUGCUAGGAAGGAACUUACUUCCUUUGCAAUUGCAACCUCCUUGUUUUUUUGGUAGGCCUCUGGAAUAUCCUUUUCACAUGUUCAAAUGAACAAAUUUGUGAAAUGCAGAGAUCAAAUCUGGUAUCACUAACUAAAGCUGGUUAGCAAAAACGGAUCAACAGCUUACUGCCACAAAUUAGUUACUGAUGUUUACCAGUUUAACCUUUUACUGCAAUUAAUUUGCAGCCACACAAAAAAUACAUACCAAUAUUGUUCCAGAGAAGGUAGGUUCCCAGUACCACAGGCUUUUAAUUAGAAAUGGUGUACUCUGUGGAAAAGUGUUCUAGUCAAGAUAAUACGUUUGUCUUCUGUAUCACUGCAGUGAAAUACAUAAUGUAUCCCCACUCAGAACUGGGUAGUUUUCUAGCACAGUGAAAUUCUCUAAGCCCCUUUCAUUGGCUUUAGAAGGAAGCAAGGGCAUCCUUUUUCUAGGAGUCAAUCACUUUAUUUCUUUAUACAUAUUUCAGAUGUCAUGUGUGGCAAUAAUAGUUAUCCAAUUACACACUAAAAUCAAAGGACAAAGAGAUGGAAGCUGGGGCUUGGCACUUGUAAUUCACUCAAUAAAUUACAACUGGAGAGUAAUCCUGAUGUUUGUCUAUUUCUCUUUCCCUGGAAAGAUAAAAUUAAUCACUUGGUAGAAGCUGCAACAAGAUGAAAAGGUCCUGAAGCUAAGAACUACUGAGCAUAAAGGAGUAUGAAAAGUUAUUUAUCAAUACACAUUGUACCAUAUCUCCUUUGAAAGAUUACUUGAAAGGGGGAAGUGGAGGUGGUGAUAACCUUGAUGUGUAACACCCAUGUUUAUUUUGUUUUUACCUGUAGUUAAUUGAUUUUAAAUUGUCUGCAGCCUGUUUUCCAAAAUUUGUGCUCAAGGAUGGGACUCCAUUUUUUUUUUAAAUUAAAACUCUUGGCUUUCUUUCUU